AUGUCAUUCGAAAGGUACAGAGCACGUUUUGUUCGAGUAUAUACUGUACAUCAGAGUUGUCAUUUUUUCGUAGGGCUUAUAUCAAAACGAUGUGGCGCUUGUCCAAAAAUAUGGAAAAAUUAUUGGAUGUAUGGCUUAAUUGAUCAAAUCGGAAAUAUAUUUACCCAGCGUCUCUUAGAAUAUGCCGAUUCACAAGAAAUGUUCGAUGCUAAACACCUGAAUGGGCAAUAUACACUCGACAAUAUUGCUUCAUGUCUAUUCGGUCUCGAAACUAAUUCGCUUCAAAAUGAAAAUGCUACUCUAAUCAAUCAUUUGAAAAAAUUCUUUACACUAGGCUUGACAAAUAUCUUCGUGCUCAUUUUUUUUAUUUCGCCUCGCCUAGCUAGUUACUUAGGCAAGAAAGGUUAUACACUGAUGCCCAUGGACGCUAUGGACUAUUUGAUUGUGUUGAUCAAUCAAGUGUUGAAACGACGUCGUCAACAUCUUGAAAAACGAAAUGAUUUCAUACAAAUAAUGGUCGAUCAUGAAGAGGAAGUCAAACGCGAAGUAAAGACGGAUCAACAAUCGUACGACGACGGUCAACAACAACCGUCGGGCAAUUUGAGUAAAACACUGAAUGAUAAGGAAAUACUCGGUCAAGCUCUUGUUUUCAUGAUUGCUGGCUAUGAGACAACAAGUGUUUUACUCUCAUUCUUUCUCUAUGUCAUGUCAACACAACCAGUCAUACAAGAGAAAGUAUACGAAGAAAUUCGUCAAGAAUUCGGAGAUGACGAGAUCACUUAUGAGAAGAUUGGUCAACUUCAAUAUUUGGAUAUGGUCAUCAAUGAAACUCUUCGCAUGUAUCCACCUUUCAUCAGAUUCGAUCGUGUCGCAUCGACUUCGUAUGAACUUGGUGGGUAUCCGCUGCCAAAAGGAAUGAUUGUAAGUGUUCCCGUUUAUCCGUUACAUCAUGAUCCAGCUGCCUGGCCGGAUCCCGAGAAGUUUAUUCCCGAAAGUUUCUUCUCAAAACAAAUGGCAUCAUUCACUGCUCCUGGGCGAAAAUUAGCAUUGACUAUUGGUAUUAAUAAAUAUCCUGGUGGUUCCAAAUUAAAGUACUGUAUAAACGAUGCAAGAGAUAUAGGAGAGAAGUUGAAAAGUAUCGAAUUUCACGUUAGCCAAGGUAUUGAUUGCAACUAUGAUGAAUUUAAACAUCGGCUUAAUGCAUUUGUUGCAGAAAUUAAACCAAGAGAUUUAAUAUUAUUUUACUUUGCUGGGCAUGGCAAUCAGUUUGAGAAAAAAAAUUACUUGUUACCGUCCGGUUACAACUAUGAUCAUCGUACUAAUGAGCGACUUUAUAUUGAACAAAAGUCCAUCAACGCUCAGCACAUACUUCAAAAAAUAGAAGUUAAACAUCCUCACAUUAUUAUAUUUAUAUUAGAUUGUUAUAGAAGCUCUGUGAAAAGUCGUUCAAUCAACAGUCAACAAGAUUUAACAAAAAUACAAGGACCAUCUGAGUUAUUGAUUGCAUUUUCUUGUGGCUUUAAAGAAGGUUCAACAGAUGCAACACAAAACAAACGAAACGGCAUAUUUGCUGAACAUUUGUUAAAAUAUAUCACAACACCUAAUCAAGAUAUUGAAACGAUAUUUGAAAUUGUUGCACGGGAUGUUAAAUUAAAAGGAUUUCCAUUACUGUGGCGCACAAGUUGUCUGACAGAAAAAGUCUACUUGGUGGCAGAAAAUAACAAAGGUAAAAACGUAUUCUUCAAAACCUCAUUAGCUUAG